GCAGAGGCGGCGCGGCGGAGGGUCUGAGCAUGGCGGCCAAGACGGCGGCGACGGGGCGCUGGGAGGUGGUGAAGAAGGGCCGGCGGCCGGGGGCCGGAGGCGGCAAAGGCGGCGGAGGGGACCGCAAAGCGCUCGGGGAGGCGAACGGCGCGUGGAAGUACGAGCUGACGCCGCCCAUCCGGACGACCAGCAGCCUUUAUGAGCAGGGCUUCGAGAGGAUCAGGAAGCGGCAGAGCAAGGAGCAGGUGCCGCCCCCGGCCGCGGCGGAGCCCAGGAAGCCCGGGAACAAGAAGCCGCCCAAGAAGGCCGCCGCCGCCGGCGCCCCGCCGAGCCCGAAGCAAGGCCGCUUCCGCAGCCUGGAGGAGGCCAUGAAAGCUCUGGAUGUGGCCGCUCUGCAGAGGGAGCUGGACAAGAGCCAGAGUGUGUUCACUGGGAACCCGUCCGUGUGGCUGAAGGACCUGGCCAGCUAUCUCAACUACAAGCUCCAGGCGCCUCCGAGUGAGCCCACGCUGAGCCAGCACACUCACGAUUAUCCCUACAGCCUGGUGAGCCGGGCUCGAGGGAUCAUCCGAGGACUGUUGACGAAGGCAGCGGGGUCUCUGGAGCUCUUUUUUGACCACUGUCUAUUUACCAUGCUGCAAGAGCUGGAUAAAACACCAGGGGAGUCCCUCCACGGCUAUCGCAUCUGUAUCCAGGCCAUCCUGCAGGACAAGCCCAAGAUUGUCACCUCAAACCUGGGCAAGUUCCUUGAGCUGCUGCGGUCCCACCAGAGCCGGCCAGCAAAGUGCCUGACCAUCAUGUGGGCCAUGGGCCAAGCAGGCUUCAGCAGCCUCCCCGAGGGCCUAAAAGUGUGGCUGGGGGUCAUGCUCCCCGUGCUGGGCAUCAAGUCUCUGUCACCCUUCGCCAUCGCCUACCUGGACCGGCUGCUUCUGAUGCACCCCAACCUCACCAAGGGCUUUGGCAUGAUCGGUCCCAAGGACCUAUUCCCACUCCUGGACUUUGCCUACAUGCCCAACAACGCCCUGACAGCCAGCCUGCAGGAGCGGCUGUGUCAGCUCUACCCACGACUGAAGGUGCUGGCGUUUGGGGCGAAGCCUGAGUCCACCCUACACACCUACUUCCCCUCCUUCCUGUCCAGAGCCACUCCUAGCUGCCCCCCUGAGAUGAAAAAAGAGCUCCUCAGCAGCUUGACUGAAUGCCUGAUGGUGGACCCCCUCAGUGCCGGCGUCUGGAGGCAGCUGUACCCCAAGCACCUGUCACAGUCGAGCCUGCUGCUGGAGCACUUGCUCGGGUCCUGGGAACAGAUCCCCAAGAAGACACACAAGUGUUUGCAAGAAACCAUCCAGUCCUUCAAGCUCGCCAACCAGGAGCUGCUGAGGAAGAACAGCUGCAACAGCCGGGAUGUCCUCACCUGCGACCUGGCCUGCAAGGGUCUGUUAGAGCAGGCUCAGUGCCUCCGGCUGUCCUGGACGCGGCUGCUCCUGCUGGUACUGGUCUUCGCCAUAGGUUUCCUGUGCCAUGACUUCCGGGCUCAUGGCUCUUUCCAGGCCUCCCUUUCCAGCCGGCUGCUUCACUCAUCGGGUUUCUUACCCGCUGGUCAACAAGUCUGCUCCAAACUCUACUCGUACAGCCUGCAAGGCUACAGCUGGUUAGAGGAAACGUUGCCAGCCUGGGGCUCCUACCUGCUGACCGUGGCGAGACCCGGCUUGCAGUUGGCCUGGAACCACACCAGUGCCACCGUCAGCUUCCUCUCUGCCCACUGUGCCUCCCACUUGGCCAGCGUGGGUGACAGCCUCAGCAGCCUCUCCCAGAGGCUACAGAUGCAGCUCCCUGAGUCCCUGAGCCAGCUCCUCCAUUCUCUGCGGGAGCUGCUCCUGCUUCUCUGCCAUAACGUGCUGCUGCCCCUGUGGCGCCUCCUGCAGGACAGCCUGGCCCUUGCCCAGGAGCACUGCCGCGAGGUGUGCAGAGGGGAGGUGACCUGGGACUGCAUGAAGACACAACUGGGCGAGGCUGCACUCUGGACCUGGCUCCGCCUGCAGGACAUUACAGUGGCCAUCCUGGACUGGGCGCUGGCCGCCAUCUCCCAGCAGUAGGCCUCGUCCUACGGUGGGCACUUUCUACGUGGUGCCUGAAUUCUGAUGGAGGAGCCAGGGCAGGUGGGUGGCUGCCUCUGCCCUGGCUCCUCCAUCUUGGGUGAGGAUCAAUCCAGAGGUGCCUCACCUCCUGCCCACGACUCCACUGGACUCUUCUCAGACAUGGCUCCCAGUCUCUGUCCUUGACUGGAAGCCCCUUUCUCUUCCUCUCGUCUCCUGCUCUCCACUUCCUUCCAGCUCAUUCCUCAAGCCCCUAACAGCUCACCUCCAAAACCGUGGGGCUCCAGCCACUGGCCUCUGCAUUCUUCUGAGGACUGACUCCUGCCCUCCCCACCCCAACACCCCAGCAGAUCAUCAGCACACCAGAAAAAUCCAGAACAACACACCACACCACAUGGAUAACAGCAGUGUCCUGACUGCCUCCCAGGGUGUGGGAAGACAGUGAAUACAAGGUCUGGCUAGACAAGCAAAAUGCCCGGCUAGGCCUUUUCAGGCCCCCCCUGCCCCCUUCACCUGUGAUCAUCCUUGGCCACCACUCCUGGCAGUGCUAGGGAUUCAGCUUCCUGCCACUGCCACCUUCUGUCUGGAGAGCAGCGCCCUGGAGACUGUGCAUCUCAGCUCAGGGGCCUGCCAGCAGCCUGUUGAGGCAGGAGGGUAUGCCUACGAUGUGGAAUAAAGGACACAUUUUAUUUCUA